AUGUCGAAACGUGCCAGGCCCGACGACCUCGACUUCAUCGGCACCAUCGACUCUGACGCCGAGCUCUCCGUCGAAGAAGAAGAAGAGGAGAUCGCCUCCUCCGACUCCGAAGUCGAACAAUCCGAGGUAGAGGAAGAGCAAGCCUCUGUAAUCAAAAAGGGAAAGAAAGCCGCGGCACAGAAACCGAAGAAGGCGAAGCAGCUGAAGGCGAAAGUCGAGAAAGCGAAGGAGCAGGAUAUCGACCCGGAGUUCGAGUUCGAUAAUGGUCAGGCGACUGGACUUGGUGUCGAUGAGGGUGGAAUGGAGGGGUGGGGAUUUUCUGGGGCUGGAUUGAGGGAGGGAAGGAGGGAUGUUAAUAUCGAUGAUAUUGUGAAGAAGAGAAGAAAGCUUGAUCUCAAGGAGGAGAGUGAGGAUGGGAUUGAGAAAGACGAGGAAGAGGAAGAGGAGGAGUUCAAGGGUUUUGGAAGUGAGAGUGAGGACGAUGGGGAAGGGGAAGGGUUCGGGGAGGGUGUGCCGGAGGGUAUGCAGGAGGAGGACGAGGAAGAGGAGGAACUCCCUAACCUCGAUUCUGAGGAGGAAGACGAGGACGAGGAGCAGGAGGAUGACGAGAAUGAUGAGGAGGAUGCGGGAUCUGACGAUGAGUCCGUCGCCUCCGUCGUCGAACACCCUCACGACUUGAAGGGCAGCGACGACGAGGAGGAGGAAGAAACCGCCGAAGAGAAAGCGAGGCAAGAAGCGUACUUCGCCCCCGCCGAGGAAUCUGCCGGUUCCGUCACUGCUUCUUUCCAGGACAUGAACCUCUCUCGUCCGAUCCUCAAGGGUCUCAACGCAGUCGGGUUCACCAACCCCACCGCUAUCCAGGCCAAGACCAUCCCUGUUGCGCUUCUGGGUAAAGACAUCGUCGGAGGCGCCGUCACCGGUUCCGGAAAAACCGCCGCCUUCAUCGUCCCAAUCCUCGAACGCCUCCUCUACCGCCCCAAAAAAGUCCCAACCUCCCGCGUCCUCGUCCUAACCCCAACCCGUGAAUUGGCAAUGCAGUGCUAUAACGUCGGCAUCAAACUCGCCGCAUUCACCGAUAUCCGUUUCUGUCUCUGUGUCGGAGGUCUCUCCCUCAAAGCUCAAGAAGCGGAACUCCGGACCCGGCCGGAUGUGAUCAUCGCAACACCUGGUCGAUUCAUCGAUCACGUACGAAACUCGAUCGCGUUCACGACGGAUAAUAUCGAGAUUAUGGUUAUGGAUGAGGCUGAUAGGAUGCUCGAGGAUGGAUUUGCGGAUGAGUUGAAUGAGAUUGUGGAGGCGUGUCCCGUGGGACGACAGACGAUGUUAUUUUCGGCGACGAUGACGAGUGAUAUUGAUCAGUUGAUUCGCUUGUCGCUUAAUCGCCCGGUCAAGUUACAGGUCGAUCAGAAGAAGGCGACGGCGGCUGGACUUACACAGGAAUUCAUCAGGAUUCGACCGCAGAGGGAACACCUCAGGCCCGCGAUGUUGUUGGCGUUGUGUACGCAUUACUUCAAGAGGAGGGUUCUGAUUUUCUUCAGGUCAAAGGUUUAUGCGCACAAGAUGCGCAUCAUAUUCGCACUCUCUGGGUUAAAGGCUGCAGAACUCCACGGUAACCUCUCGCAAGAGCAGCGUAUCCAGGCUUUGGAGGGGUUCAAGGACGGCAAAGCUGAUUUCUUGCUCGCUACGGAUUUGGCGUCCCGUGGUAUUGAUAUCAAGGGGAUUGAUGUCGUUAUCAAUUACGAGGCACCACAAUCUCAUGAGAUUUACCUCCAUCGUGUCGGUCGUACGGCUCGUGCAGGGCGUAUUGGUCGUUCCGUGACUUUGGCGGGAGAAGCAGACCGCAAAGUCGUCAAAGCCGCCGUCAAAGCUGCCGAAACCCAAAAGAUGAAGGUGGGCUCCCGUACCCUCGAUAACGACCUCGUCGACAAACUCGGCGCCAAAAUCGCGGGUAUGGAGGACGAAAUCGAGGAAGUCAUGAAAGAUGAACGCGAGGAGAAGCUCCUCAGACAGGCCGAGAUGGAAAUCCGACGUGGAGAGAACGUGAUGAAAUACGAAGACGAGAUCAAAUCUCGUCCUGCACGUACUUGGUUCACGAACGAGAAGGGAAAGAAGGAUGCGAAGGAGAAGUCUGCAGCUGUCUUGAAUCCCAAGGCAGAGAAGAAGUUGUCGAAUAAGCAGUUGAAGAAGAAGAGGACGGCGGAUGGGGAGGAUAUGCCGAGGGCGUAUAAGAAGACGAAGGUGGAGCGGACGACGAAGCCGGCGAGGGGGAAGGCUGCCGGGACUGGAAAGACGAAGAACGCGAAGGGCGGGGCUAGGGCUCCGAAGCCGAAGGACAGCUACAUCAGUACCAGACAAUCACACGCUUCGUCUCCCAGCGAUAGAUCACGUGCCCCGCCCCCAGCUAUUCGCGCUGGUAGAGAAUUUGCGUCCUCGUCUAAGGUUGCUAAGGUUGCUAAGCCUACUGCUCUCGAUACCCCCAAGAAGGCCGGUGUUCAGAAGGCUGUUAAGGGUGCUGAGAAGGUGAAGAGUGCUGCCAAGGCUGCGGUUAAGGAGAAGAAGUCUAAGAAGGCUAAGUCCCCCACUCCUUCCUCUUCUUCCUCCGAGUCCUCUUCUGAGUCUGGCUCUGACUCUUCCGACUCCGAGUCUGAGGAGGAGACCGUCACCAAGAAGGUCGUUGACGCUGGUAAGGCCGUCGCCGAGAAGGCCGGUAAGGUCGUUAAGGCUGUCAAGGAGGCCGUUGAGGAGUCCGACUCCUCUUCCGAGUCUGGCUCUGACUCUGAGUCCGAGGAGGAGGCCAAGAAGGACGAUUCUGAGUCUGGUUCCGACUCUGACGACUCCUCUUCCGACGAGGAGAUGAACGAUGCCAAGAAGGAGGAGUCUGGUUCCGACUCUGACUCUGACUCUGACUCUGAGGAGUCCGAGGCUGGUGACAAGAAGCGCAAGGCCGAGACUGCCGCUGAGCCCGAGGCCAAGCGCUCCAAGACCGAGGAGUCCUCCGAUUCCGAGGAGUCCAAGACCAUCUUCGUCGGUCGUCUCUCCUGGAACGUCGACAACGAGUGGCUCGGUCAGGAGUUCGCUGACGCCGGUGAGGUCGUUGAGGCCCGCGUCGUCAUGGACCGUCAGACCAACCGCUCCAAGGGUUUCGGAUACGUCGAGUUCUCUACCGCCGCUGCUGCCAAGAAGGCUGUUGCCGAGCUCCAGGGUAAGGAGAUCGACGGCCGCCCCGUCAACCUUGACAUCUCCCAGCCCAAGCCCAAGCAGGAGAACCGUGGUGACCGUGCUGAGCGUUACGGUGACAAGGUCUCCCCUCCCUCUGACACCCUCUUCGUCGGUAACAUCUCUUUCGAUGCUACCGAGGAUGAGCUCUAUUCUGUCUUCGGCGAGUGCGGUAACGUCCUUAACGUCCGUCUCCCCACUGACCGCGAGACCGGUAACUUGAAGGGUUUCGGAUACGUCCAGUUCGGUACCAUCGAGGAUGCCCAAAAGGCUCAUGCUGAGAAGAACGGUGCUGAGAUCGCUGGCCGAUCUAUUCGUGUGGACUUCUCUCAGCCUCGUGAUGACUCUGCUCCCCGUGGCGGAGGACGUGGUGGAUUCGGCGGUGGUGACCGUGGUGGCCGUGGUGGCCGUGGUGGAGGCCGUGGUGGCUUCGGUGGAGGUCGUGGUGGAGGCCGUGGUGGUUUCGGUGGUGACCGUGGUGGCCGUGGUGGCCGUGGUGGAGGCCGUGGUGGAUUCCAGUCCAACUCUUCCAACCGUGGUGGUGUUGGAGAGGCCCGUGGUACCAAGAUCUCUUUCUAA